CACCAAGGCUCAGUGGGGAAAGACCACUGUCUGAGAUCUUCCUGCUGAAGUUAAAUGGGGAUCCGUUCAGUUUUCGAACUCUCCCGAUGCCUUAAAUAUGUGUGAAUAUAAUCUUGUACAAUUUGGCUGCUCUGCUCCUGGAAGCGAACCGAUUGGAAAUAAACAUGGGCAGCGUCGACCUCAGAGCAGCGCUCAGCAAAGAUGGCUUUGUUAAAAUUGAAGGAUUUUUCACAGAAGAUGAAUGCGACUCCCUGAGAAAACGGAUAUUAGAGAUUAUUGAUAAGAUGGAUAUUUCCAAAGACCUUCACACUGAAUUCACAACGCAAGCAUCGAAACAACUUAAAGCACAGGGGAGCAAAGAUUACUUCCUGACUAGCGGGGACAAAGUUCGAUUCUUUUUUGAAGAAGGAGUGUUUGAUAGCAAAGGUGAUUUUCUUGUCCCAAAGGAGAAAUCUUUAAAUAAAAUUGGCCAUGCUCUUCAUGCCUUGGAGCCUAUUUUCAAAAAUCUCACCCAUUCACUCAAAGUGCAGGAGAUAGCCCGGAAGUUGGAUCUAAAGAAACCUGUCAUUGUGCAAAGCAUGUAUAUUUUCAAGCAACCACAAAUUGGUGGUGAAGUAAACCCGCAUCAGGAUGCCUCCUUCCUAUAUACAGAACCUCUUGGACGUAUUGUCGGGUUUUGGAUUGCAUUGGAGGAUGCAACUGAGGAGAAUAGCUGUCUUUGGUUCAUUCCUGGCUCACACACAGCUGGUAUUACUCGGAGGAUGUUACGUGCCCCUAAAGGAGAAUAUCCUUUGCUCAAAUUUAUUGGAGAGCAACCUGAUUAUCCAGACAAUGAAUUUAUCCCAGUUCCUGUUAAAAAAGGUGGUCUUAUCCUUAUUCAUGGAGAGGCUGUGCACAAAAGUGCUCGAAACAUGUCAAAUAAAUCACGGCAUGUCUAUGCCUUCCACCUGAUGGAAUCCCAGGAUAGUCACUGGAGUAAGGAGAACUGGUUGCAGCCAACUCCAGAACUACCAUUCCCACUUUUAUACACUUAAAUUUCAUCAUUUUAAACAGAGCUAAUGCAAUACAGAAAGACAUUAUGUACGCAGAUGUAGUGUAUUAUGCUGCUAGCUGGAAUGUAUAAUAUUUUAGAUUGUGUUGAGAGUAUAUUUACAAAUUAAAUCGCAAUAUGAUGAACUAUCUUUCUGUGGCAUUGAUCAUGGAUUUAAGCAAAUUGUAUCCUUCUGCAAUUAUCUUUCUUACUCUUACUGUGAUUUGUCUUGACCACACAUUUUACCUAUUCUGGAAUAAAGCUACAAUUCAUCUAUCCUAUGCUUUGCUUUAUUCUCUUUUAAGAAACUAAAUUUAAAAAAAAAAUUGUUCAGCUGGAAAUUUGUAACAUGCAACCUCUAAUAAAAGGUCUUAUUGAGGCAAAGAGGAGUCCUAACAAACUCAAAA